AUANGAUUUGGAAUUCCACAAACAUUGAUUGUUUCAGACAUGAAUCGGUAAUACUAAAAAUUCUCAUAAAAAUGGAUCACCCGGAAAAAAUUUCUUCCAUUUUGGAUCAAGAAAAUUACCUAGAUUAUCACAUAAGUGAGUCACUUUUGGACAGUUUUCUCCCAGUUUGUGGCACUUAUGUUCAUGAGAAGUGGUAUCACAUGUUGGACAACACUACAUUUACCUUUAACCAAGAUGAGUAUGUCGCUCUAAAGCUACACGAUGAAGAGGCAAAGGAUUCCGAAGAGGUAAUAUAUUCAAGGGAAGAAAGCGACUUGUAUAUAUAUGCAAAGAUAGUGAAGCUGAUUAGUUGUGUUAUAGAGGGUAAGUUGUUAACUGAACUGUCCAAGUAUGAAGUCUAUGUUGGAGAGGGCAGAUUUCUUAUCACAUCUGCGUAUGAUAUCUACAAAAUUCUCCGCAAAAAGACAGAUUCACGAGAACUUGUCCAAGCAGUUGACGUAGCUAACAACAGUUCUACUAACACAUUACCUCGUCAAGUCAUCUUCAAAGAGGUCAGAAGGAAGCUGUUGACGAUAUGGACCUUACCCGAUAGGGAAAAGAAGGCAAUCUUUAAGAGAUACCUGAGGCAAUGGCAUCCGGACAAGAACAUUGGCAAUGAGGAACAAGCUACAGACGUGUUUCAGUAUAUCAUGCUAGUUUGGGACAGACUUACUAAUGGUGAUCCUGUUAGCGUUGAUGAUGAUGUGGAUGCUUCUGAUUAUUCUCAGUCUCGUCCUACCCCAAACAGACAGUUCUAUGAUGACGUCGAUCGGCAUUGUUCAAGAGAAAGAGAACGCUAUCAAGAGUCAUCGAGGGGGGGCUACCGUGGAUCGUAUUAUCACGACAGUGAUCCUGUUUCUAACCCAGUGCAACAGAGGAAAUGGUUCAAACAGGCAGAAUUGGACCUCGCUGCAGCCGAGCACUUCAUGAAAUCAACAGAGGAAGUUCAAGCAUACAAUUGGAUAUGUUACAUGAGCCACCAGGUAAGGUCAUAUUUAUUUAUUCUGUGACCUUGAUGGCAUUAUCUGUUCUUUCACCACAAUACUUGCAAGGUCAUUUGAAUAACUAUAGACAACAGCACUGCGGUUUGAAAAGUUACUCAGCAUGCCUGUUAACCAUAAUGUGUAAUGGUGUGUUCCCUUUUGUCAGCCAGAAUGUUCAACUUAAUGUUCCCCUUGAAAUACUAAACAAACUUACCAAACGUUAUUGUUUGGUGUAAUCCAACUGUUUCAAACAGAUUUUUGAGAAUCCGCAGAAAAUAUUGUAGUGCAUGUGCGUUGAGGAUGAUACAACAACUGCAGCAUUGAUUUAUUCCGACUCGAAUGCAUUUAAAUAGUCUUGGAAAACAAUACCUCUAGUAACUCAAAAAUACCAUUGAGCUGUUUAUGUAUGCGGGCUUGAAGUUUUUUUCGCAGUUACGAAUUAAAAUUAGCAAAUAAAAUUGAUACGGAUUAUAUAUUUAGGAAUAUGUAGAAAUUAACCUAGAUGCUGUCUACAUAACAAUUUUCCUUACUUCAUAUUUUAUUGAAUUUUAGCACAUAAGGAUUUACAUUUACCUGGCACAUUGCAUUGUGUUCAAUGAAACAUUAGCAAUUUAUCGGAUGUGCAUAUCUCUUUAAGGGUAUAACAUCUCUGAUACAUAUCCCUCUAUAUAAAGACUAUUAGAACGCACUCGGACCUGUGUCAUAUUAACGCUUUUCCAGUAAUGUUAUUUGUACGAGAAAUACAGAUAGUAUGAUUUAAAAAUAUAAAUCAAUGUAUUAAAUGGAGGUUUUCAAAUUCAUGCUAGUGUAAUAGCAAAUCAGUUACGG